AAUCACAUAAAUACCUUUUCAGCUGGAAUAGAACUUUAGUAGCGAUAUAGCUUCCAAGUGUGUUUCAAAUUGAAAUGUAUCGUUUAGUUGUUUUUGCCAUUAGUGUUUUAAUUGCAUUAGCUCUAGCUGAUGUAACUCCUCGCAGAGAUGCUGAGUAUCCACCUCCAGAACUCUUACAAGCUUUGAAGCCACUACGCGACAUCUGCCAAAAGAAAACAGAAGUUACAGAUGAGGCAAUCAAAGAGUUCAGUGAUGGUAAAGUGCACGAGGACGAAAAGCUCAAAUGCUACAUGAACUGCCUGUUCCACGAAGCGAAAGUUGUGGACGACACUGGCCACGUUCACCUGGAAAAACUGCACGAUGCCCUUCCCGAUUCUAUGCGCGACAUUGCCCUCCACAUGGGCAAGCGCUGCCUCUAUCCGGAAGGGGAGAACCUUUGCGAGAAGGCUUUCUGGUUGCACAAAUGCUGGAAAGAGUCGGACCCUAAGCACUAUUUCCUCAUCUAGGGGAACAACUAAAUGAAUGACAGGUUGUUAAACCACAUAUGUAAGAUAAGCUUAAAAAAAUGUGACUAACUCCAGACCAAACCAAAAUUAAAUCGUAGUGAGUGACUAACAAUAAGCAAUGAAUAAAUAAUGAUAAAAAAUAUCAGUGUCUUAAUUAAUUUUUAGUCUUUCUUCCAUCGUAUAAAUACAACAAAUCGGCGUGGGGGUUCUACGUUCAAAUUCAUCUCCAUUUAAAACUUCUACGAAGACAAAUUU